CAAACCUAACUAGCUACCAUAGUUAUCUUGAACCAAAUCAAUCAUGUCUCACAUAACCGUGGAGAGAAACAGAAGAAGACAGAUGAAUGAACAUCUCAAAGUUUUAAGGACCUUGACUCCAUGUUUCUAUAUUAAAAGGGGAGAUCAAGCAUCUAUAAUAGGGGGAGUGAUAGAGUUCAUCAAGGAGUUGCACCAAGUCCUUCAAGCUUUGGAGUCUCAAAAGAGAAGGAAGAGUUUGAGCCCUAGCCCAGGCCCAAGCCCAAGAACAGUUAAGCCAAAACUAGUUCAUCAUGAUCAAUUUGAUGGCUCCAAUGGAAUUGGGAGUAACAGUUUCAAGGAACUUGGAGCAAGCUGCAAUUCUUCCGUUGCGGAUGUGGAAGUGAAAAUCUCGGGUUCGAAUGUGAUUUUGAAAGUGAUUUCUCACAGGAUUCCAGGACAAGUUGCGAAGAUCAUCACCGUUUUGGAAAGCCUUUCAUUUGAGGUCCUUCAUCUGAACAUCAGUAGCAUGGAGGAGACUGUCCUAUACCAAUUUGUUGUCAAGAUUGGGCUGGGAUGUCAACUAAGCCUGGAGGAACUAGCGAUGGAAGUACAACAAAGCUUCUGCUCAGAAUAAAUGAAGUUAACUGUGCUGUGACUGUGAGGGUGUAGCCUUUCACAAGAGGCUUAAUUUCCUAUCCUUUGUUAGUAAAAUAUAAGCAAGCAUGUGAGAGAGACACGUGCACAAAAACAAUUUAUGUUUCUAUUAAUUUGGGUUAUUAUAUACAUAUAUCAUAAAAUGUUGUCAUAAACUUCAUGGCAAUGGAAGAUAUUCUGUUUCUUGAUUAUGAUAAUGCACAUGCAUUAUGU